AUGUCAGUACUAGGUAUAGAUAUAGGAAAUGAGAAUUCAGUUGUUGCAACAAUAAAUAAGGGCGCAAUUAAUAUUGUGAGAAAUGAUUUAUCAGAAAGAUUAACCCCAACAUUAGUUGGAUUUACAGAAAAAGAGAGAUUGAUAGGUGAUAGUGCUUUAUCCAAAUUGAAAUCUAAUUAUAAAAACACAUGCAGAAAUAUAAAAAAUUUGAUUGGUAAAAUAGGAAAAAAUAUAGAAGAUGAUGUGGAAAUACAUGAAGCUUAUGGUAAUUUAGUAUCAUGUGAAUAUAAUUAUUUAGGAUAUGAAGUAGAAUAUAAAAAUGAGAAAGUGGUUUUUAGUGCUGUUAGAGUUUUAUCCGCAUUAUUAUCUCAUUUGAUAAAAAUGGCAGAAAAAUAUAUGGGAAAAGAAUGCAAAGAAAUUGUUUUAUCAUAUCCACCUACUUUUACUAAUUGUCAGAAAGAAUGCUUAGUAGCAGCUACAAAAAUUAUUAAUGUAAAUGCAUUGCGAAUUAUUAGUGAUAAUACUGCAGUUGCAUUAGAUUAUGGUAUGUAUAGAAUGAAAGAAUUUAAAGAAGAUACAGGAUCUUUAUUAGCUUUUGUGAAUAUUGGUUAUGCAAACACAUGUGUAUGUAUUGCUCGUUUUUUUUCUAGUAAAUGUGAAAUUUUAUGUGACAUUGCUGAUGCAAACUUAGGAGGAAGAAAUUUAGAUAAUGAAUUAAUAAAAUACAUAACAAAUUUAUUUGUAAAUACAUACAAAAUGAAUCCACUUUAUAAGAAUAAUACAUCCGAACUUUGUGAAAUGGGUACAGGAAGAUUAGACAAAUUUAUUAUUUCAAACAAUGAAAGAAACGAAAUUAAUAAUAAAGUUCGUAUUAAAUUACAAGAAGUAGCAAUUAAGACCAAAAAAGUUUUAUCAGCAAAUAAUGAAUCUUCUAUACAUGUAGAAUGUUUAUAUGAAGAUCUAGAUUGCCAAGGAUCUAUUAAUAGGGAAACUUUUGAACAAUUAUGUUGCGAUUUUUUUUUAUCAAAAUUACAAAAUUUAUUAGAUAAAGCAAUUGCCAUUAGCAAAGUAAAUAUACAAGAUAUUCAAUCAAUUGAAAUAUUAGGUGGAUCAACAAGAAUCCCAUUUAUUCAGAAUUACUUACAGCAAUAUUUUCAUAAGCCUUUAUCAAAAACGUUGAUAGCUGAUGAAUCUAUUGCAAGAGGAUGUGUUUUAUCAGCUGCAAUGAUAAGUAAGCAUUAUAAAGUAAAAGAAUAUGAAUUCAUAGAAAGAAUAACUCAUCCAAUAAAUGUAGAAUGGCACAACAUAAAUGAUGCUUCUAAAUCAAAAGUUGAAAAAUUGUACACAAGAGAUUCUAUAAAAAAAAAAGUAAAAAAAAUUGUUAUUCCAGAAAAAGGACAAAUAAAAUUAACUGCUUAUUAUGAAAAUACUCCUGAUUUGCCAUCUAAUUGUAUCAAAGAAUUAGGUUCAUGCAUUGUAAAAAUUAAUGAAAAAAAUGAUAAAAUUUGUGAAUCGCAUGUAAUGACAACUUUCUCAAACUAUGAUACAUUUACGUUUUUGGGAGCUCAAACAGUUACUAAAACUGUUGUAAAAGCAAAAGAAGAAAAAAAAAAAACAGAGGAAAAAGCAGAAGAAAACCAAAAAAAUGAAAAUGAAAAUAAGGAUGAAGAAGAAAAUGAAAAAAAUUCGGAAACAAAUAAAGAAAAAGAAAAAGAUACUAAUAAAACAGAAUUAAAAAAAGGAGAAGAAGGAAAAAUACAAACAUGCUAUACUACUAUACCUAUUGAAACAUUAUUAGCUCAAGGAUCAUAUAGUUCAAAAGAUAUUUUUAACUUUAGCGAAUCAGAAAUAAAUAUGCAACAUAGUGAUAUUUUAGAAGGAGAAAGAUUAAAACAUAGAAAUGAAUUAGAAACAAUUAUAUAUGAAACAAGGAAUCGUAUUAAUGGAAUGUAUAAAGAUUUUGUUGUUGAGGAAGAAAGAAAUUCCAUUUUACUAGCCAUUGAUGAUUUUGAAAAUUGGCUUUAUGAAAAUAUUGAAGAAAAUAAAAAUAUGUUCAUUAAGAAAAAAGAGGAAAUUAGAGAUAUUAUUAAAGAUACAGUAUAUAGAUAUGAUGUAUAUACCUCAAAACAACAAAAUUUAGGAAAUAUAAUUAAUCAUUUAAAAAAUAUUAUUUCUCAAUGUGGAGCUAGACCAUCUGAAGAAAGUCAAAAUAUUAUAACAAAAACUACAAAAUUUUUAAGUACUAUUAAUUCUCUUCAAGAACAAGAAAAAAAUAAAAAAUUAUAUGAACCACCUAUUUAUACUUUGAAUGACAUUGAAGGAGAAUUCAAUGAAGUAACUCAACUAGCUCAAAAAUAUUUUUCAAAAAUAGAAGCAGAAGAAUUAGCUAAACAAAAAGAAAAGGAGAAAGAGAAAGAAAAAGAAAAAGAAAGAGAAAGAGAAAAAAAUAUGGCAAAAGAACAAGAAAAACAAAAAAAUGAAGAAAACGAAGUUAAUGAAAAUCAAGAACAAAAUAGUAAAGAUAUGAAAAAUAAUGAUGAAAUGGAUAAUUCAACUAAAAAUGAUAAUCCAUGUAGUACAGAAGAAACGGAUAUUUAA